GAUCAAUGCUGCGCGUUUGAGCGCGUUUGCAAGCGCUAGGUUUGCCGCAGUGCACAAGGUCAAAUGACCAAUUGUAGGCUUAGUGUGCGCCGUAGAGAUCCCCCGAGCGGCGCAGGACUCGCACGGGACCUCAACGCUCGCUACCUAACGCGCUGUGACCAGUGCGUCCCGCCGCUGGCUCUGUACGCCGCUGCACCACCUGCACAAAGGCUGGCUGUGAGCUUGCACGCCGCCUGGCGGACGCGGACACGAGGCGGCAGGUAUCACAGAGACUACUACUGCACGAGACCAUCGCCGCGGCGCUGACUGCCUUCCUGCAAAAUGCCCAGCGCAGCCUCCGAGGCUGACGCAAAGCGAGUGGACGACGCCGUGCGAGCGAAAGAUGAAGCAGCGCUGCGCGACGCGGUCAGCAAAGAUGACACGCGCGAGCUCGGCUCGCUCGCGGUGCUGCGGUGCGCGGAAACGGGCUGGAUCGAAGGAUUAAGAACGGCCGUCGACGCCGGCGCGAUCUAUCGGUGCAAGACCGCAUCGGGCGCGUCGCCGGCGCAUCUCGCUGCGAUGGGCGGCCACGACAUAUUGCACGUGAUCCUCGACCUCGACAAAUCCGCCGUCAAGGCCGUCAACGCGCAAAAGCAGACGCCGCUCCACUUCGCGGCCGUCGGCGGCAAUGCUCUGGCCGUCUCGGCGCUCGUGCGCAACGGCUCCGACGUAAAUUCUCCUACGUCAGACGGCAGCACGGCGCUCCACUACGCGUGCGGCAAAUGCGCGACGCUCGCCGAGAGUGAGAGACCCAUGGACGGCUGGGAGCGGUGCGUCCACGUGCUGCUCGACAACGGCGCGGACCCCUUCGCGCGCGAUUCAAAGGGAAAGACGCCGGGCGACCGGUUACCAAAGGACGCGCGGGCGCGGGGCGUCCUCGAGGAUUUCAUGCGCAAGAAGGAAGCCGCGGCCGCGGCGGUCGCCGAGGCGCUCUGCGCCGAGCCCGAAACCCAGGCGCCCGCGCCGAAGAAGAAGGGACGGCGUCGCAAGCCGGCGCCGCGGGCCGCCUCGCCGGUGGUGGCGCCUUCGUCGGACUCGGGCUCGGGCUCGGAGACGUCGGGCGCGGCGUCUGGCGAAAUGGCGGCGGCGGUGGAUCGGGCUCGCCACUUCCACCAGCACGAGCUCCCGGCACUUACAGCACGAGCUCGCGCGGCGUCGCUCGCUGACGACACCACACCGUGGUCCACCGUCGUGCGCCGGCGCGGGGCUGCUGCGCCCGAGCCCGCGCCGCUACCGGAACCGUCACCGCCGCCGCCGCCGCGCGACGUCAACGAGCUCUUCGCGGCGCUCUUCCCCGCGGCGCCGGCGCUGGCGCUGCGGGCCGAGCACCUGCUCCUGCCGUCGGAGGACCUG